AUGAAAAGCUCAAAAAUACUUUAUUUUCUUAACAUUUUUCUUCUUAUAAAUUUGAUAACAUCACGCUUUGGUGAAAGUGCAGAAGGCGGUAGACUGCGUGAUGAAUUACCAAUUUUAGAUAUGUCAUUAGAAAAUAUUGAUUUUAAUUAUGAUCCUAAUAACAGUCAAUUCGACAUUGAAGAAUCUGCUUUGAAGUUUUUAUAUGGUAAAACUCCAAAUCCUUUUAAUGAUUAUUGUCUUUUUAUUAAAGAAGCUAUAAAUUGUACUACAUUUAUAUAUCAACAUUGUGAUAGUAAUAAAAAAGAGCUUAUGAUAAAAGAUGUAGAUAAGUUAAAAGAUUAUGCGCGGAAAUUUUUAUUAGUUGGUAAAAAAGAAUAUAUGGACUUGGAAGUAGAAAAUUUAUUCCUUCAUUUCCUUUGCGAAUUAAAUAUAAAAAAAUUAAAAGAACAAUCAGAAAAAGAUUCGAAGAAAAGAAGAGAAACAGUAAACAUCCUUAUGGAAAUACAUCAUAAUUUGACGGCAUAUAACGAUUUUUGGAGAAAAAAUAUGAGUAAAAUAAGAAGAGAUUUUACAAAUGAAAGUUCAUUUAGUAAUUUUACUCCUAAAGAACUAGAAUAUUUGUGGGUGAGUUUAUAUAAAGUUAUGCUUCUUAAAUAUAUUACAAGUAGAUUAUCAACUUUGGAAAUGUUUAAAUCCCUAUUAGAAAAACAAGAAGGAUUAAUUAAAUUUAUGAUUGCUGGAAAUUUUAAUCCUAUAGAGAAAAAACAUAUAGAAGAUUCCAUUGCAGAUGAAUAUGAAAAAUUUAAGAGGAGAUCUGAUAAAAAUAAGAUAAAAAGUACGAUAAAUAUAAAAACGGAAGAAGAAGAAUCAAAUUCAUCAUUUAAGUCAUUAAAAAAGUCUUCAGAAUUAGAAACAAGUGACCAUUUAACAGAGGCAUCAUCAUUAGAAACAGAAAUACCAGGAUCAUGUUCAGCAUCAUAUUUAAGUUCAGUAUUGGAAAUAUUGCCAAUUAUUGAUAAUAAUGAAGAUUCAAUAUUAUUUUUAAAUUUUGCAUUAGAAUCAAUGGAAACUUUAGAAGACCCUGAUAAUUCGUUAGAUACAGAAAAUAAAACAGAAACAUCACUUCCAUUUCCAUCUAAAGAUAAAAACCAAGAAUCUCCUUUAUCAUUUGAUUUAACAUCAAAAUGUGAAUCAAAAGAAAAUUUAAGUGAACAACAUGAAUCAUCAUUAGAAAUAUUAGAUGAAGAAAAAAAAUCAGAAACUUCUACCACUGCAUCAUUAUCUGAAUUUCUAAAAAUUCCUAUUUCACUUUCAAAAGGUCAACCAAAAUUAGAAUAUGGAGAAACUUCUUGCUCAAUAGAAGGAUCAGUAUGCGCUGAAAAUUUGGAUAUAGAAGGAGAAUCGUCUUCUAUAGAAAUUUUAGCGACGAAAUCAGGAGAGUCAUCAAUAAAUUUAGAUGAAGAAAAUUCAAGUUUUUCAUUUUUAGAAUCAUCAAAGGCUUCUUCAGCAUCAAAUUUAAAUUUAGAAGGUGACUCAAAAUCCUAA